ACAGUUAAGACAUUGUGAACCAGGGACUGCAAUCUCAACAUGGCCAGAUUAUCACUUCUGUCUGGAUUGUCCCUGUUGAUGUGCUUUCAACUAGUGUCCUCUACCAAACUGGUUUGUUACUUCACAAACUGGUCACAAUACAGACAAGGUUCUGGGAGAUACCUUCCUUCCAACGUGGACCCACAUCUUUGCACCCACCUGAUCUAUGCCUUUUCAAUCAUUAACCAUGCUAACGAGCUAGUCACCUAUGAGUGGAAUGAUGAGACCCUCUACAGGUCCUUCAAUGACCUGAAGAAAGUAAACCCUGCACUGAAGACUCUGUUGGCUGUUGGAGGAUGGAACUUUGGAACCACUCAGUUUACCAUCAUGGUAUCAUCAAAAGCCAACAGACAGAAGUUUAUCCAGUCCUCCAUCAGCUUCCUGAGGACACAUGGUUUUGAUGGUUUGGAUCUGGACUGGGAGUACCCUGGAGCUCGAGGGAGCCCCCCAGAAGACAAGCAGAGAUUCACACUGCUGUGUCAGGAAAUACUUGAGGCAUUUGAGAAGGAGGCAACUGACACAAGAAGACCAAGGCUAUUGGUAACUGCUGCAGUGGCUGCUGGGAAAGGAAACAUUGACAAUGGUUAUCAGAUUGCUGAGAUUGCCAAAAUCCUGGACUUCAUCAAUGUGAUGAGCUAUGAUCUCCGUGGGGCUUGGGACCCAGUCACAGGCCAUAACAGUCCCCUGUACACUAGCUCCUCAGAUACAGGAGAACUGGCCUACUUCAAUGUUGACUUUGCCAUGAAGUACUGGAGAGAUCAGGGGGCCCCUGUGGAAAAGCUCAUGAUGGGUUUUGCCACCUAUGGGCGCACAUUCCGCACAACAUCUGCAGCCAGUGGUGUUGGAACCCCAGCAAGCGGACCCGCUUCUGCUGGAACAUACACUUUGGAAGCUGGCUUCUGGUCCUAUUAUGAGAUCUGCACUUUCCUCAAAGGAACCACCAUUCAGUGGAUUAAGGAGCAAAAGGUCCCAUAUGCUACUAAAGGAAAUGAGUGGGUAGGAUUUGACAACAGGGAGAGUUUUGAGAUCAAGGCUCAAUUUUUAAAAGACAACAAGUUUGGAGGAGCUUUUAUCUGGGCUCUGGAUCUUGAUGACUUUUCCGGACAGUUCUGUGGACAGGGGAACUAUCCCCUCAUUAGUCAUCUGCGCUCUCUUCUGUCCUCGGACUUGCCACCCCUACCAUCAUCGUCUGUUCGUCCACCAGUUGUGACAACAACUGGUAGUGUGGCCCCCACCACCUCCAGCCCUGCCUCCUCAACUGCCACCCCCACAACCCCAAACAUCAGUGGUUUCUGUGGGGGGAAGGACGAUGGUCUCUACAGCAACAAUGAUGAUGCAAAUUCUUUCUACCAGUGCUUCAAUGGACACACCUAUGUUCAUAAGUGCCAUAUUGGCCUCGUUUACAAUGCCAAAUGCAACUGCUGUGACUGGCCAAUAUAAAGUGCAGCCCUUCUAAGCAACUUCAGUAUAACAAUGUUCUGUUUACCAUAGCUUUAGGAUGCCACCAUAUAUAUAUAUAUAUAUAUAUUAUCAUUAUAUAAUUUUUUAUUGUAACAUGCCCUUUACUUCCCUUGUAAUCACUUGUGUGAAAGUUAUACAGUGAAACCAAGACUGGAGACCUGUGCCUUCAAUGGACAUUAAAACUAAAUGAUUGAAUAAUCACUGACAAACAAA